AACAAUGCCCAGAGCAGCCUGGACUGCGCUUCUUUUACUAAGUGGUUAUUUGCCUGCUGGGUAGACAUAAACACCUGCUAAAGAAAUGUGAAAAGAGUGGAAACGUGCUGUUUGGAGAUUAUUUUCCUAGUCGACAUCCAGGAGAUCUCCAGAGAUCUAUUUCAGCCCCAUCUGUUGUUUUAUUUCUUCUACCUCAACCAGAACUAGCAGAAAAGCCGAGAGACUUAACACCUGAUUUCAUCAUGAAAAAGAGGAAGCUCAAACUGAAGUGAGUUAAAAACUUCAUCUCCUAGAGAAGAUUGUGGCUCAGCCUGAGUUGAGUUUUUUAUGUUUAUAUGCAAGUGCAAUGAAGAAGAACACCAGCAAGUCUACCACGAGGAUCAAUGAGCAAGAUGCUCUCUGCACCCCACACUCCCAUGAUCCAAGAGAUCUUCAGAGUAUGUUGGAUGGAGGAGAGUAUGCCCCUUUUGUAUCUCCUCCCAUGUUAGAGAGCAAUUUUAUCCAGGUUAACAGGAGAGGUGAAUCCAUUUACCUUCAUAACCGAGCCAACUGGGUGACCGUAGGCAUCUGUUCUUCCAGUUCCACCCACAAGAUCCCUAAUGUGAUGCUACUGGCACAUCUGACACCUGGUGCCCGGAAAGAUACAGAACCCCUGUUUAAAAGUCUCCUGACAUCUCCUCCUGCAGAGAAACUGGUGCUCACCAGGUUUCUCCCUCUGCAGUUUGUGACUCUUUCUGUGCAUGACGCAGAGAACAUGCGCCUAAAAGUAAAGCUGGUGAGUGGUCGAGCCUACUACUUACAGCUCUGCACUUCUGCAUGUAAACAGGACACCUUGUUUUCUCAAUGGGUGGCCCUCAUCUCCCUCUUGAAUCAGGAGAAAGCCAAAGUUUCCAAAGUGUCAGAGGUUUCAAGUCUCUCAGGAAUUACGAAUAGCACAGACGUCACAGGCUCCACGGAUGUGAUGGAUAUCACAGCAUUCACAGCCAUCCUGACCCCGUACAUGUACGCAGGUAGAGGCCCUGAACAUGUCAGGGACAGCAUAGAUUUCUCAGAAUUCACAGACAUCACCGACAUCACAGAUGUCACAGACCUUCCAGAAAAUGAGGUCCCAGAGGUCCCGGAUAUAAGAAUUGUUACAGAAGUCAUAGAAGUCAGAGAAGCCACAGAAGUCACAGACAACUCUGAUAUUACAAACUGCUCGGGAGUCACAGUGGUGUUUGAAAACAAUGACUUAAUCAGGGCCAGGCAAGAGGAGAAGGAAAAAUUGAAAAACAUUCUGAAGCCUGGGUGUCUACAAGAUACAAAAAGUAAGAGUGAGUUGAAAGAAUCCUCAAAACAUGUCACCAUCUCAAACAUAACACUGACUUUUGAAGGUAAAAGAUAUUUUCAAACUACCUUGACUCCAGUAGAAAGUGAGGCAAAUACAUCCAAGGAGAUGGAGAAUACGACCUCUGAAGAAAAGACACCUGAUUUUCAGAGCAUGGCUCUCGAGGCUGAAGAAUCCAGGAGCUUGAGAACUGAAUCAAACACUUCGGUUCUCUCCCCUCAUAUCAAAUCUCCUUCUAAUUUCCUCAAACUUGUGCCUCAUCUGUCUCCCCUUUUCUCAAGGGAAUGA